AUGCUUACAAACGGAGGAGGAUCUUUGUUUGCUUUACCACUCGUAUUUUUCACGUUUCAUCUUUGCCGUGGAGACAUCAGUUAUUCUGUUCCAGAGGAAAUGAAACGUGGAUCCGUGAUCGGAAAUAUCGCGAAGGAUAUUGGACUGGAUUUGGGCAGGUUGUCCGCUCGCAGGGCGCGCGUGGACUCCGAGGACAACGGAGUCCAGUACUGCAGCGUGAACCUGAACACGGGAGAGCUGGUUGUUCAGGAGAGGAUUGACAGAGAGGGCCUUUGUGCGAAGAAGACUUCAUGUAUUCUGAAACAGGAGCUCGUGCUGGAAAACCCUUUGGAGCUGCAUCGCUUUAAUAUCCGCGUACAGGACAUAAACGACAACGCACCACAAUUCAUAGAAGAUCCACUUAAAUUUGAAAUUCAAGAAUCUGCUGAUAAGGGCGCUAGGUUUGUCGUUGGUGAGGCACAUGACGGAGACAUUGGAGAAAACACUGUUCAGGGUUACACCCUUCAGCCAAAUGAUAAUUUCAAACUCAAUACGAAUUCAAACUCUGCGGGACGAAAAUAUUGUGAGUUGGUGUUGGAUAAAGAAUUAGACAGAGAGAGUAAUAACGAGAUCACACUUGUGUUGACUGCGUUUGAUGGCGGCUCUCCUCAGAGAUCAGGCACAGUAGUCAUCCAUGUCACUGUUCUUGACGCUAAUGAUAAUGCGCCAGUGUUUAGUCAGACUGUGUAUAAAGCGAGUCUUCCAGAAAACUCUCCUCCAGAUACACUGGUUAUUACAGUCACUGCUACUGAUGCGGACGAGGGUCUGAAUAGUGACAUCACCUAUCAGUUUAAUCAUGUCACUGAUGACGAUAGUAGUAAUGCAUUCUCUAUUAACUCUAAAAAUGGACAGGUGACAGUAAAACAAAUAAUUGACUAUGAAAAGAUGUCGGCUUAUGAAAUUCAGAUCAGUGCUAAAGAUGGUUUAGGGCUGGUGUCAUAUGCAACUUUAAUAAUCGAUAUCACUGAUGUAAAUGACAAUGCUCCAGUCAUUAACUUAAAAUCACUGUCCAAUCAGAUCCCUGAGAAUGUGUCUCCUGGUACAGAGGUGGGCAUCAUUAAUGUACAGGACAGAGACUCAGAGAACAACAGACAGGUCCGCUGCUCCCUUCAGACUGGGGUCCCUUUCAAGUUAGUACCUUCCAUUAAAAACUAUUAUUCUCUAGUGACCACAGAACAGCUGGACCGUGAGCUAGUGUCUGAUUACAACAUUACAAUCAGUGCCACUGACGAGGGCUCUCCCCCUCUGUCCUCCUCUAAAACUGUCCACUUAACUGUAGCUGACAUCAAUGACAACCCUCCUGUGUUUGAGGAGCAGUCCUACAGCGCACAUGUGACUGAAAACAACAAACCUGGCUCCACUUUAUGUUCUGUUGCUGCUCGAGACCCAGACUGGAGACAAAACGGGACAGUGGUUUAUUCUCUGUUACCUGGUGAGGUGAAUGGGGCCCCAGUGUCCUCCUAUGUCUCUGUUAAUGGAGACACAGGGGUGAUCCAUGCUGUGAGGGCUUUUGAUUAUGAACACUUCAGGAGUUUUAAAGUCCAUGUGAUGGCCAGAGACAAUGGCUCUCCUCCACUCAGCAGCAACGUGACAGUCACUGUGUUUAUAUCUGAUGUGAACGACAACUCUCCUCAAAUACUGUACCCCACCCCGGAGGGGAACUCCUUCAUGACUGAACUGGUCCCUAAAGCUGCACAUGCAGGCUCUCUGGUGUCCAAAGUGAUAGCAGUGGACGCAGACUCUGGACAGAACGCCUGGCUGUCCUAUCACAUCGUCAAAUCCACUGAUCCUGGACUUUUUACUAUUGGUCUCCACAGCGGAGAGAUCAGGAGCCAGCGGGACAUCUCUGAGUCUGACAGCAUGAAACAGAACCUUAUUGUGGCAGUGAAGGAUAACGGACAGCCUCCUCUCUCUGCCACCUGCUCCAUGUAUUUACUGAUCUCUGAUAACUUGGCUGAAGUGCCUGAACUCAAGGACAUUUCUUAUGAUGAGAGGGACUCAAAGCUGACAUCCUAUCUGAUCAUUGCACUGGUGUCAGUGUCCACAUUUUUCCUCACCUUCAUUAUUAUUGUCCUGGGUGUGAGGUUCUGUCGCAGGAGGAAGCCCAGACUGUUGUUUGAUGGAGCAGUUGCAAUCCCCAGUGGUUAUCUGCCUCCUAAUUAUGCAGAUGUUGACGGCACAGGAACUUUACGCAGCACUUACAACUAUGAUGGAUACAUGACAACUGGAUCCAGGACAAGUGACUUUAAGUUUGUCUCUUCCUACAAUGACAACACACUGCCUGCAGAUGAAACAAUAAGAAAAUCACUCUCUGACUUUGAUGAUGCAUUUGAGGACCUGGCAACGUCAGAAGUGGCAAGUUUUUAA